CAGUCCUUACUGAGCUGAAGAGGAAUGACAAGACGGUGGGGAAGCCCACAGCUUACAAGCUGGUUCAGCUUUUUGCAGAGGAGUCUGUGAAGCGCCUCUUGCUUCCUAGCCUUGUGCCCUCUACAGCUUCAAUGAGUUUGGCUCAGGGAGUUAGUGUGCCGGCUAGCGUAUCUGAAGAUAGGAUUUAAUGUUCUUUUUCUACAUCAGCAUUUAGUGACACAGUCAGCCUGUUUACCAAAGUAAUGGUAAGCCAGGUCAUGGACUCUGUGGUUUCUGAUGCACAAAGCAGAGGGUCAUCUCCAACCGGAACUGUAACUGAUAUAGGCAGUCUACUGAGUGGUAAGUCCUACCCUCUGCCAUCUUUCUCCGCCAUCAGCAUGACAACAAGUGGGACCUCCAAUGCUGCACGAGGCUUUGAGGACAACAUAGAUGCUGAGGAAAGGGAUACCAUCAGUUGUUUCGGUGUACCUCAGAGCAUUGUUUGUGAUCAGAAUUCAACCAGCCCGGAUGUUGCCUCGCUUUCAACCCCAUCCACUGUUAACUUAGUCGGUGAUGAUGACUUCACCGGCCUCAUCAGCAUGUUAGUGGUGAGACUUCUGUCAAAAAUACAAACCCAAACUGAUCUGUACCCAACUGACGUCACACGCACGUCACAAGACCUGAUUCCAAAAGUUAUAGCUGCCUUCUGUGCAUGGUCAGGCUGCUCUGAGACCCAAGCUUAUCCCAAGAACCUGAAGAGUCACAAAGUAUACAGCACCGUCUACAAACAUCUGUUGAAGGAGUUUGGCUCAGAGAAAAUACUCCAACUGGCCGUGUCGACUCAGGACUCCACUUUCAAUAGGAUUCUUGUGAAGUCAUUGAGCAAGGAGCUUCUCCACAGUUGUAACGAGGCAUCAAGAGCAGCCUCAAGAACAUCUUUCGAAGCCACCAGGCCAGAAGCUCUUCUCAUGGCUGAAGAUGUGAAGGCUACCAGAGGGAAGCUGUCUUUCCUACAAAGGCUUGCCAGACUGAAAUUCAACUUAAAGCCAUUCAUGAUGGGAAACAAGAAGAAUUCCCGCCAUUCUGAAUCCAAAGACCAGACUACUGCUGAAGAGAUCAUGUUGGCACAUCCUGCCACGUUUGGACUCCCAGAGGGUCUUCCCUCCACCUCUCAACAGGAGAAGCCUCGCAAACGUCCCCUUCUAAUCAGGAUGUUUUCCACCAUCUCCAUAGGCCUAUCCAAGCCAUUCAAACGGUUUUCAAAGCAAGCUUAAUACAACAAUUUCCUUUAAUACAGUAAUAUUUGCAUUG